CACACAGAGAGAGAGAGAGAGAGAGGGCAGUACAGAUUGUGGAUACGUCAUUGUCAGAUUAUUGAGCAGUACUCGGUAUAAUGUGUCUCUCUGACCCUGAGGCUGAUACGCAGCUUGGAUUGCAUUGGAGUAAAGCAGUGUAAUUAGAGAUUACAUUCGGGAUUUCAGCCCCGAAUGAGAGUGUGUGUGUGUGUUUUGUCGCUGCGUUCUUAUCAUCAGUCACACAGCAACAGGACUGUGUGUCCUGGGUCCCAGAACAGAAGAAAAAAAAAAGUGACUACUCAGGAUUAGUCUUUAAAAACGCAAAUCCCUCCCAUUUGCUCAGUCUUUUACCGUGGAGCUCGGAGACGUGUGUGUGCGUGGAAUAGAAACUAGAGAAGGGAGGCUAAGAGCAUGAUAAAGACUAAAAGAAAAGGCAAAUGAGACCAGAGAGCUCUUGGCAAGCUUUUAGGAGCGAUUGAUUUUUCCCUUGCAUGUUUCAUUGGCUUACACACAGGUGGAGGUUGUGGAGCUGGGAUUCAGUCUGGUAGUUGUGCUUUUUAGUUUUAGUCUAGUAUUUUAUUGCGACAUCGGUAAAAAAAAAAACAAAAAACAAACCAAACCGAGAGGAAUAUGUCGCAGGAGAGUCUGACGUGUUGUGUAGUUUCAGUUCAGUGCUCCAAAAAUACAGUAUAACCCACGAGACAGCUGCACUCUCGGAACACACCGGUUCAUAUUUGUAGCUCGCCUAGAGCACUUAGUGAGCAGAAAGCAUAAUACUUUUAUACCACAGAGAUGCUGAAUGCUCAAAGCAGACUGCUGAGAAGGUGUUGAUCAGUAGUUUCAAUAGCGAGGCAGCACAGGUCUAUCUAUAUCUACUGUAACACGUGAUUGUUUCUAUAGUAACCGCUAAUGCACAGGGACUUGUGCGGCGGAUGCUCCGUAUAAUCUACGACCGCGGUUCUCAACCUUUUGUGAGCUCUGGACUCCUAACAAUCAACAAACAUUCCAGGCUAUAUAUUUAUUCCGACUAUUAUUUCUACUGAAUAUUUAACGUUAACGUGAAUUAACAUUCAUAUACCAUGAAGCCUCGGUGAUCGCGAGGGACGAUUACCUACUACGUACUGUACGGAGGUGUCAGGGUCCCUGGUUCGAUUCUGAGCUCGGAUAACACGCCGUUCAUCUGGGUUUCCUCCAGGUUCUCCAGUUUUCCUCUACCUCCCAGAAACAUGCUAGUAGGUGUAUUGGGUACAGUAUAUUGCCCGUAAUUGCGAACGUGUGCGUCUGGGGACGAUCUGCGAUGGUCUGGCAUGCUAAUCGGCGUCUGUAUUCCUUGGACAGGCUCCAGAUCUGGCACGACCCGGGACCAGAAUAAAGACCUUACUGAAGGUAAUGUGGUUGAUAUCUACCAGAGGGAGUUCUUGGCUCUGAGAGAUCGCCUCCACUCGGCAGAGCAGGAGAACCUGAAGCGCUCCAAAGAGCUCAACCUGGUGCUGGACGAGAUCAAGCGAGCCAUCGCUGAAAAGCAAGCGCUGCGAGACAUCAACCGGACCUGGAGCAGCCUGUCCGAUGAAACCAAGCUGAAGCUCUGGAACGUCACCAGCAGUAAGAAUGUGUUACAGCUGCCCAGCAUCUUCCACCACCUGCCCCAUCUGCUGGCCAAGGAGACCAGCCUGCAGCCGGCCGUGCACGUCGGCCAGGGCCGCACCGGAGUGUCGAUAGUGAUGGGUGUGCCCAGCGUGAAGAGGGAGGUGCACUCCUAUUUGACGGACACGCUGAGCUCUCUGAUGUCAGAGCUGAGUCAGGUGGAAAAAGACGACUGCGUGGUCGUGGUCUUCAUUGCCGAGACGGACCAGCAGUACGCCAACAGCGUCGCCGACAACCUCAAGCGCCUAUUUCCAGCGGAAAUUCAGUCAGGCUUGUUGGAGAUCAUCUCUCCGUCUGUGCAUUUCUAUCCAGACUUCGCCAACCUCAAAGAGUCGUUUGGUGACCCUAAAGAACGAGUCAGAUGGCGAACCAAGCAGAACUUGGAUUACUGCUUCUUGAUGAUGUAUGCUCAAUCCAAAGGCACUUACUAUGUGCAGCUAGAGGACGACAUCGUGGCUCGGCCGAAUUACUUCACCACUAUGAAGAACUUUGCUCUCCAGCAGCCUUCGGAGGAUUGGAUGAUCCUUGAAUUCUCUCAGCUGGGCUUUAUCGGGAAGAUGUUUAAGUCACUGGAUCUGUCUCUUAUAGUGGAGUUCAUCCUGAUGUUCUACAGGGACAAACCCAUCGACUGGCUGCUCGACCACAUCAUGUGGGUGAAGGUGUGCAACCCGGAGAAGGACGCGAAACACUGCGACAGGCAGAAGGCAAAUCUGCGCAUCCGCUUCAAGCCUUCUCUCUUCCAGCACGUGGGGACACACUCGUCUUUGGCUGGGAAGAUCCAGAAGCUCAAGGACAAGGACUUUGGGAAGCAGACCGUCCAUAAAGGCCAUGCUAACCCGUUAGCCGAGGUCACCACAAGUCUGAAGACCUACCAGCACUUCACGCUGGAGAAGGCUUACCUGGGCGAGGAUUUCUUCUGGGCGUUCACGCCUGUGGCUGGAGACUUCAUACGUAUCCGAUUCUUCACCCCCGUUCGCAUAGAGAGGUAUUUCUUCCGCAGUGGGAAUAUCGAGCACCCUGGAGACAAGUUGUUCAACACUACAGUGGAGGUGCUGCCAUUUGAUAAUAUUCAGUCUGAAAAAGAGGCUUUGAAAGAGGAGAAGGAGAGAACCCCAAAGUACCAGCGCACAGAGGACGGCUUCAUUAGAAUAGGUCAGUUUCAGAAUGGUAUCGCAGAGGGGGAGGUGGACGCCUCGUUCGGGCCGCUGGAGGCCAUGCGGCUUUCCGUGCUCACCGACUCGCCCGUGUGGGUCAUUCUUAGCGAGAUUUUCAUUAAGAAAGCAGAGUGACGACGCCUCCUUCCGCUCCACGUGGUCUCGCUGGGCGUUGUGUGGUGCAGGACGCUCGGCGUCGGCGUCGGCCCGGUGUUUCUUUCAGCUCAGUCCAUCAGCGCCGCCUGCUGGCCGGAAGUCUCUUCAGCACGGUACAACAGUGAAGCAGCACGCCCACGCUGAAGCCACGAGAUCACUCACAGCCAAGCUGCUGGCGACAAACAGACGCCGCUGUAUAAACUGCAUAAUAAACUGUAUUUAUGUGUA